UUACGUUGCGAGGGAGUGUAGGAGUUUCUGGAAUGACUUGGGCUGCAGAAGGGACUGAAACAUGGAGUAGUGCUGCUCCAGCUGGGCGCGCAGGUCGAACAGGCAGUCGGGCAGGGGACACGUCAGCUUGUCCACACGCCGGGACAUGACCACCUCUGCAGUGCACCACACGUAUCAGUCAACACAAAUCAACACACACAUGUGUAUGUGUGUGGGUGCUAUGUAUGUGUGUGUGUGUCAACUGACCCUCGAAGUGUCUCGCGAUGCACGGCUUGCAGAAGCGGUGGCUCGAGGGGCACGGCAAGGUCACACUGCCGUCCACAGGAUGCUCAUACAAACUAAACCAUCACAUACACACACACAGACAGAGAGAGAGAGAGAGAGCAGAGGCGUCACCCCACAGAGAGGAGGGUUGCAGAGGUGACUGACCAGAUGGCGCACUGGAAUGUUGGCGUGUCCCGCUGAUCGUCGUCCCGUUCGUUCUGCAGCUGCUGGAUCAGCUCAAGGUUCGCAGCACUCUCCUGCUCCAACUCACUCUGACACACACACACCACACACACGGACACACACAAGCCACAGAUGACACCCUUGCCCUGCUGCACGGCAGACACCAGCUGACCUUGAGGCUCUCUCUAAAGUCAUGUGACACCGCUCGCUGCAGGUCUUCGGCGGUGAGGACGGAGUCGCACGAGGCCACGGGGCAGGCCACAUCGACCAGCACAGAGCCGUGGCGACGCACCUCCCCCCUCCUGCGCGGCACACACGCACACACACACAGACAGGAGAGAGAGAGAGAGGGGCAAAGAGCAUAUGAAGGGGCUGGAGGGGGGUGGAUGGGAGAGGGAGGGGUGUGUGUGUGUGUGUGUGAGCACCAAUAUUCUCUGAGACAGUCCAGGUGUAUGUACACCCCACAAUGCAGCCGCUGCAGCCGCAGUAGAGGCUGCCCGCCCUCCCCCUCCCCCUCUCUCUCGUCUCUCCCUCCCUCUCCCUCUCCCUCAACGUCUACCACCCCGUCUCUCAGACACACGCAGCACAUCUGAGUCCGGCUGCUGCUGCUAUUGUUUUGAGCAAAAUCACCAACACCAGCCGCCAUCGGUGUGGCCGCUUCACCCUCUCCCUGCCGCCGCUGCAUCGGCACGUUCCCGCCAUGCAUCUCAAGCACCGGGGUCUCCUGCACAUCUGGUGUGGCUGUGGCUGUGGCUGUCGGCUCCUCUCUCAACCCAACACCCACACCAACACGCACACCGGCAGCACCAGGGUCGUCAUCAAUGGCUACAGCCGCCGCCGGCAGGUCGGCCUGUUCCACAGGGGGGCUGAGGACGAUCGUCCCGCAAUGAUCGUGGUCGUCACCCCCGCCUCCGCCCCCUCCCCUCCACACAACCGGUUCCAGCGACAGUGCACAUGGGCUGGGUGAUCCCUCGGUCCCUCGAGAAGCCGCGGUCACAGGGCUGUCCAGCGGCGGCAGGGAGGCCGGCACGGGCGAAGCCGCUGACACGAAUCCCUCAGAGGCCUCGGCGUCGUCUGCUGCGGUGUCAUUGCCGUCUAUGGCUGCGAGCGAGACCUCGAUGGCCGUGUCCACUGCGCAAUGGUCGUGGUUGUCCUCCUCCUGGCCCUCCCCAAAGUCGCCCCAGCCGUCAUCCACGUCAUUGGCCGUCAUCAGGGCGGCCGCACCGUCAGAGAUGCUUUUGCAGGGUAUGGCUGGAGGGGGGUGCAGGGACCCCUCGGUGAGCGGCCGGUCUUGGGUGUCACGGUGGUGGGUGGGCUGGUUGCCAUCAUUGCCAUCUCCCUCCCCCUCUCCAUCCCUUCUGUCUGCGUGGCGGGAUGACGACACGGGCGUGUGGUAGACUUCGACUUCGUCGCUCUCAUUCGCCUCUCCCCCCUCUCCCUCCCCAGACCCGCCCGACACCUCUUGACACUCUGCCGUCUGGUGCUCGGAUUGUGGUGCCAUGGCCGCACCCCCAGUGCCGACCUCGUCAUCAGGGAUUUCCGCGCAGGUCUGGAGGUACUGGACCAGCUCGGAGCACACCCUCUGCCGCAGCGCCGCGCCCUGUGCGGCCAGGGCGGUAGGGGGGUGCGUGCGUGUUUGGGUGGUGGCGAUGGUGGUGGGCGGGGUGGCGGCGUCAUCGAAUAUGGAGGAGGGGAUGGUGUCCAGCUCGGCGAGGCUGGCGCGGAGGGGGUCGAUCAUGCUCAUCAACUGCAUCCGUCCAUCCAUCCAUCCAUCCACAUGCUCGUGGGUGGAGGGGUGGGUGGGUGCGGUGUUUGGCGUCACUCACUGACCUGUCCGAGCACCACGUCGGCGUCGCAUGGGUCGUUCUGCAGACGGCGCCGCUCUAAUUGGUUCCGCAACAACUCCUCUAGACAGCUGAGCAGGCCCUGAAGACCCACACAUGCGCCUGCACGCCGCGCCCUUCAUGGUGAGUCACCGCUGACUCACCCCGGUAGACUCUACGAUGCCCUGAGUGGUGAGAAGCAGCCGACUCCAUCUAGCGGCCACCCGCUGUCUGAGGUUGCCGGAGGCCAUUGUCUUGUCCCCGCCUCCUCCCCCGCCCCCCCGAGCCACCCAUGGCACCAGCCCGCCCUCGCCACCAUCACUGCUCGCAUUCUGGCUACUCGUGCUCACCUGCAUCACGCACACACAGCGCCCACCCACCACACCCACCCACCCACACCCACACACACACACGUGCAACGCUCCUUCCCCCAUCCACACCGCCUCCUUAUCACUGCCCUCACUGACCGAUAGCUGCAUCUUGGGCCGAGCCUUCUCCCGCUCCCACCGCUCCGACCGCGGCAUGACGACGAAAGCGUCCUCAGGCCGAUCGGUAGUGUACAGGACGUCAUAGUGGCCGGGCCGCAGAAGCACGUGCAGCAUCAUGCAGCAUGGCUGGGGGGAUGAAAUGGCGUCUCGGGAGGAUGAUGCGGGUGAGCCCCUCGAUGACUGUGAGGGAGAGUCGGCCUGGGGCGGCAGGGGGGCAAGGUCGACCUGCCCGCUAUGUGUGUCGCUGCAGUCUACAAUAGGGAGAGGAGGAGAAGCCGAUGGCGAAGCCGACGGAAAUGGUGACGGUGCAGCGUCCUCAGCGUCAGGCCAGCUGGCGGGGCUGUGCACGACUCCACCCACAUCGCUGCCGCCCUGUGUGGUGCUGCCGCCGGUCGUGCUGCUCGCCUCGCCGCCCUUGGUGUGGUCGUGGUCGCUCUUAAGAGCCGACGACUGCUCGCGGUGGAGAGGGGGGUCGCCGCCGCUGCUGCUGGUGGUGGCGGCAAAGCUGCUGGGGCCGUACUCGAUGAUCUGCGGCUUGUCACCGUCUCUGCACGCACACAUGGGAGCCGUGGGUGGGGCGAGGCCAUUCAUGAGCUUGGGUGCGCACCUGUGGACCAUGACGAUGCACACGCGCACUUUAAGGACAUAGGGGCAGGCAACAAGGGUGACGUCUGCAGCGUCCUCGCCCAUACGCAGCACCGAGUCGCUGAAUGGUUCACACGGGUGGCGACACACACACACACAGGGGUGGGGCGCCUGUGUGGGUGGUUGCAGCCUCACUCCGCUCACUUGAUAAAGUUGUUCAUGUUUUGGUAUGCGGUGGAUUGCGCCCAGACGUCAUAGGUGAUGUGCCCGUUCUGCUCAUGCGACCCAUCGGGAUUCACCUCCUCCUAACCAACACACACACACACACACACGCAUCCUCUCCCUCUGUGUCUGUCUGUCUGUCUGUCUGUGUGUCACCUGAGCGUUUUGCUCAAGGAAGCGGCUGACAAGGUGCCUCAGCACGCGCACAAAAGCGGCGUCGUAUUCAUCCGAGUUGAAGGUGGUCCACACCUCGUCGAUCAGGCGGGCCACCUCGGGCGGCUCGGUGAUGUCCGUCCUCGCCAU